AUGGAUAAACAAGACCAUUUGAAAAAUAAGUUCUCGAUUGAGAAGAAAGAGCGCGAGCGGAAAAAGAGAGAGACCAAUUUCAGUAUUGCAGAAAAAUCUCUUCUGGUGGACUUAGUUGAGGCUCGUUUUAGCAUUAUCGAAAGCAAGCGAACCGAUGCUAUUAGUGUGAAGCACAAAAACAAAGAAUGGGAAGAAAUUGCUUUGGAUUUCAAUUCUCAAAACAUAAAUGUGAUUAGAACUUGGUCCACUCUUAAAAAUGCAUGGGAGAACCUGAAGAAAUUAAUCAAGAAACUAAUCACACAAGAAAACGUUAACAGAGUUAGAACAGGUGGAGGACCACCAGUAAUUUUUACUAAUAUCCGCCCUGAAGAGAGACCUGUUUAUGAGAAAGUUAGGGCCCUCCUUUAUCCUGUGGCUAUUGGUCUGCACAAUAAAUUUGAUAAUGAUGUACUUAUGUCAAAUGGUGAGUAUGAUAUGGAAGGUGGACAUGAAGUGCAAGAUGAAAAUAGUUAUCAAAAUGAGGAAUCAAUUGAUGGAGUGCAAGAUGAAAAUAUUUAUCAAAAUGAGGAAUCAAUCAAUGGAGAUUGGUCAUCAUACUCAUCUGCCAAGUUGAGGACACCUCGAACCAAAAUAUUAGGGAAGUUUCCUAUAUGUCCAGUAAAUAAUGGACAUGCUGAUGUGGAUAUUGAUCAAUUCAUAUGUUCUCAAGAGGAUGUUGAGUAGAUACGCAUAAUUGAAACAAAUGGAGAUGAUUCAUCACCAAAUACCUAUGUUCUGGAAAUCCCAUCACAGCCUGUGUCAUCUGCUUCAGACACCACCCCUCGCCAUAAAAAAGCAAAAACCAAAGUAGCCUCUGAAUCAUCAAGUGCUUUCGAAAUCUCUAAUAAGCCUUCAUUAAAAUCUUUAUGCUCUGCUAAGUCCACUGAUAAAUCCCCAAGUACAAGGCACCUGUCUACAAGUCGGAGACGACCAAUCAUAUCUCAAACAAAAAAUGAGGAGUUUGCAGAUGCAAAAAUAAAGGCUCUUUCAGCUGCUAAUGAAUAUGCAGCCGAACAGCAUGGAAUUAUCAUGGAGAUAUACAAGGAAAAAAUGAAACAAGAAAGUUUGGCAACACAGAUCAUGGAAGAAAAGCUUAAAACUCUGAAGAGGAGGAAUAGUGUGCUGCCAAGAUCUGAUGAAGGUGAUAGUUCUUGA